CGGGCCAGAUACUGUUGAUUAUAUGCUCUUCUGAGGGAAGAAAUUAAACUAGCAGAAGCAAGGAAAAGAACACGUCUUUCUGUUUUUUGCUUCAUUAGGAAAUAACUUAAAGGGAAAUAAAUGUUUAAGAUCCUUUAAAGUUUCAAUCAUGGUGGAUGUUGAUCUUGAUUCAAAUGGGAUUGAACAACCCUCUAGUGUUAACAAUAUGUCCACUAAAAAGAAGGAGCUUCUUUCCUCUGCUAUGAAGAGGACCUCUGAAUGGAUUUUCUCCCAAGAGAUUGAAAGCGAUGUAACUGUAAUUGCAGGAGGAACCUCCUUUACACUUCACAAGUUCCCAUUAGUUUCAAAGUGUGGAUACAUAAGGAAGUUUCUCUCAGAAUCUAAUGAUGUUGAUGUUUCUACGAUCGAAAUCCCUGAUAUACCUGGUGGGGCAGAUGCAUUUGAACUUGCAGCAAAGUUUUGUUAUGGAAUAAAUUUCGAGAUAAGCACAGAAAACAUUGCCUUGCUGAGAUGUGCGGCGGAAUAUUUUGAGAUGACAGAAGAAUAUGCAGUUGGAAAUUUGGUGGGAAGAACUGAGUCCUACUUAAAUGAAGUAGCAAUUAAGAGCCUCGCUGGUGCAGUUUCAGUUUUGCAUGGCUCAGAAAACCUUGUUCCGAUUGCAGAGAAAGUAAAAUUGGUGAGCCGAUGCAUAGACGCAAUUGCAUAUAUAGCCUGCAAGGAUAACCAAUUCUGCACAUUGGGUAGAGCAGAAGCUGGUAUCAACGGAUUGAGUUCCUGCAACCCGAAGCCUAUAGUUGAUUGGUGGGCUGAGGAUUUAACUGUCCUUAGAAUUGAUUUUUUCCAAAGGGUUCUAAUUGCAAUGAUGGGAAGGGGAUUCAAGCAGUAUGCACUUGGACCAAUAGUAAUGCUCUAUGCACAGAAGUCUCUUCGAGGUUUGGAAAUAUUUGGAAAGGGAAGGAAAAAGAUUGAACCCAAACAAGAACAUGAAAAGAGGGUUGUUUUAGAAACCAUAGUUAGUCUUCUGCCAAGGGAGAAAAAUUCAUUGUCGGUUAGCUUUCUGUCGAUGCUGCUCCGAGCUGCAAUAUAUCUAGAAACCACAAUUGCUUGCAGGCUUGACUUGGAGAAAAGGAUGGCGUUGCAGCUUGGACAGGCUGUAUUAGAUGAUUUGUUAAUUCCUUCAUAUUCCUUCACAGGGGACACAUUGUUUGAUGUUGAAACCGUGCAGCGAAUUUUGAUGAAUUUCCUUGACUAUGAAAUGGAGGGAAAUCGAUUGGGAGAUGAAGAGUAUCAUCACGUGUCUCCUUCAUUAAGCGAGAUGGAGCGGGUUGGGAAACUUAUGGAAAAUUACCUUGCUGAAAUAGCCUCUGAUCGUAAUCUAUCCGUUACAAAAUUCAUUAACCUUGCUGAAGUCAUCCCAGAGCAAGCAAAGAUCACUGAAGAUGGGAUGUAUAGGGCCAUUGACAUUUAUUUGAAGGCACAUCCAGCUCUUAGCGACAUGGAAAGAAAAAAGGUUUGCAGUGUUAUGGACUGUCAAAAGCUAUCUAGAGAAGCUUGUGCUCAUGCUGCUCAAAAUGAUAGGCUCCCCGUUCAGACAGUUGUGCAAGUACUUUACUACGAGCAGCAACGCCUUCGCGAGGUCAUGGAUGGGACCCAGCUUGUAGCAACUGAACCUCCUGCUCUUAUUCCUUCCAAAACGAAUCAUCAGUUAUCUACUGAUAUCCGCCCUGUUUCAGAGGAGGUCUCGAGUCUAAAACGAGAAAAUCAGGAGCUGAAAUUUGAGCUGCUGAAAAUGAAAAUGAGGUUGAAAGAAAUUGAAAAGCCUAAUUCAAAUUCAAACAAAUCAGCUACUAGCAGCCCUUUGUCCAUCACUCCUCCAUCUGCUGAUAAACCUCCUCUUCCAAGAAAAUCUAAUUUCAUGAAAAAGCUCGGAAGAUUUAUUCGAGCUGAUGGACUGAUCACACCAAGCAAAGCACGUAAUAAACCGCCUAAAGAUAGGCGUCAUUCCAUAUCGUGAUUUGAGCUAAGGUAUAUUUGCAUGCAUUGUCUGAGUAUGGUGCUGGAUUCAAAAUUUAGUUAUUAUUUUAAUCAUGCAAGUUGUUAUCUGGUAUAAGUAUAAAUUUGGUCGUGCUUUAAUCCAGAAAUGUUAUUUAGAUGGACGUGGAAGAUUUCCAUAUGUAUAUUAUCUAUGCAAGAUUUGUAAUCUUGGUUUCUCUAAUGUACCUUGAAGAAAGAUUUGCAAUCUUGAGAUGAACAAGCAAUAAAAUACUAGUCUCACUGGAAAAGUAGUUCUGAUCA